AUGGGAGAAAUUAUCAUGGGCGGCGACGCAGACAGCCAGUCGCCCUUGCCUAUCAUGGGUUCUUGGGCGGCGACCAAACCAGCAAAAUCAGAUGUAUCGUGGCACAUUCAGAACAAACACAUUUUACAUUCUCUCGUUAUCACCGCGUCUCAAAUCAAGACGUAUUGGUACGGGAAAUUCUUCGAAGGAAACCAGCAACUUCAUCCAAAUCCAAUCACCUCGGAUUGGCAAAUCAUCGCAAAGAAUAAGCGUGAAUCGGUCAACUGUUUGAUCCCUGAGAAAUGGCGCUUGGACUCGAUACCCUCGGUCGAGGAACAAAAAGAUGUAACGGGCGAUUACAUUCAGCAGUUUCUUUCUGCCCGAGAGAUCGAGAUUACUGAGACGGAUGCUGUGGGAAUUGUAGAGAAAACUAGCAGUGGCGAAUGGAAGUCACGAGAAGUUUGUGAAGCUUUCUGUCACCGGGCAGCUUUGGCGCAUCAAUUGGUUAAUUGUUUGCAUGAAAUAUUUUUCGAUGAUGCUAUUUCAGAAGCGCAAAAACUGGACGAUUAUUUUGCUGAACACAGAAAGCCAAUUGGUCCACUACAUGGAUUACCAGUCAGCUUGAAAGACCAGUUUCACGUUAGAGGUGUGGAAACCACUAUGGGCUAUGUAGGCUGGAUUGGAACCUUUGAAGGAAAGAAGGGUACAGGAAAAGAGCGAGUGUUUGAGAGCGAGAUGGUCAAAGAGUUACGAAGUCUUGGUGCGAUAAUGUUUUGUAAAACAACUGUUCCUCAAACACUCAUGGCGGGUGAGACUGUCAACAAUAUUAUGGGUACAACGGAGAACCCAAAGAACAGACUCUUAGGACCAGGUGGAAGCUCAGGAGGCGAAGGAGCAUUGAUAGGAUUGAGAGGUAGUCCAGUAGGAUUUGGUACUGAUAUUGGAGGAAGCAUUCGGAUUCCAGCAGCUUUCAACGGACUUUAUGGCAUUCGUCCUUCGGCAGGUAGAAUGCCUUAUGAAGGUAUGGCCAACAGUUUGGCUGGACAAAAUACUAUUUUAUCGGUUGUGGGCCCAAUUGCCACAACAGCUCGAUCUUUGAAAUUGGUCAUGAAGAGCAUUCUUAGUGCUCAACCGUGGCUACAUGAUCCAUUAGUAUGUGAAAUACCAUGGCGUGAUGAACAAGAACAAAUGAUUCUUGAUACUAUCAAAUCUAACGGCGGUGGUCAAUUGGCUUUCGGAGUCUUCAAGUGCGAUAGAGGGGUUGCUCCUCAACCUCCUGUUGGUAGAGCUAUUGAUAUCGUGGUUAAUACUGUCAAGAGACUUGGACACAAGGUUAUCGAAUGGAAACCACCUUCUCAUCAAAGAGGAUGCGCGAUAGGAAGUAAAGCAUGGUCUUUUGACGGAGGAAAAGACGUUCACGAAGCCCUAGCACUCUCCGGCGAACCCAUGAUCCCUCAAAUUCAAGGUCACUACAGUACUCUCAAACCUCAAAUGACCGGUUUCGACAUCGCCGCCGUAAAUGUCGAAAAACGCGAAUACCAAAAAGAAUACAUGGACUAUUGGAACAGCACUGUCUCACUUACUGGUACUGGCAGAGCUAUCGAUGCGGUUAUUACUCCGUUGGCUCCUAUGCCUGCGAAUCUUACGAUGACGUUUGAUUAUAUUGCGUAUUCGACAUUUGUCAAUCUUCUUGAUUACAGCGCUGCUAUUUUACCAGUUACAACGGUGGAUAAGAAUGUGGAUGUUUUCGAUCUAGAAUACAAACCGCUAAAUGCAGAGGAUGAAAAGGUUUGGAAAUGCUAUGAUCCGGAAGUUUAUGAUGGUGCGCAUGUGAGCGUGCAGAUUGUGGGGAGAAGGUUUCAAGAGGAAAAGGUUAUUGCUAUUACCGAGAUGCUUGGGGAUGCAUUGGGGAAAUAG